AUGACGGGUACAGAAGGAGAUGGUAAUGUAGCCUCGAACAAUGAGGAGGAAUCCAAGAAGGGAGAAGAUGAGUUGCAGGACAAGAAAAACAAGAACAAUUCUGCAGAUGCAAAUGCUUCUGGAGAAGUGAAUACUGGAAGCAACACUGACGAUAGUUCCAUUGCUGCAGCAAAAACCAAUGAAGCCUCUAACCGGCAGACAGAAACUGGUACUGCCACUGACUCCACACAAAGUGAGAACAAUUCUGGUGAAGACUCUAAUGUAGCUGAAGGAACCAAUGAUGCCAACAAACAGCAGGAGGAAAGUGACAGUUCUGCCACUCAUGCCACACAAAAUGAGAACUCUGGUGAAGACUCUAAUGUAGCUGAAGGAAACAAUGAUGCCAACAAACAGAAGCGGGAAAAUGACAGUUCCGCCACCCAUACGACACAAAAUGAGAACAUCUCAAUUAAGGAGGUCGUUUCUGUUGGAGAUAGCACACAGAACGAUGCAAAUAAGCAGCAUUCUGAGAAAAAGUAUUCAAAUUCCUCAGCAAAUGAAGAAUCAGUAACAACUUCAAACGGCUCUGAAUCUGUUGUAUUAGUUGACCAAAAUGGCAAUUCUGUAACAGCUGGUGCAACUGAGAAGUCGACAGGAGGUGGGAACGAUCAGAAUGACGUAAACCAGAAAUCAGAUGCUAAUUCUAAUCCAGGCUCGGAAAACAAAAUAAAUCCCUCAAAUGACAAUGAUGAGACAGACUCAGAUCGAAACAAAUCGACUGAUUCUUCCAGCUCAAAUGGCAAUUCUGAUGAUAGCCAGCAAAACCAAGCCGAGUCGACCAAAUCUGCUCUUCGUCAAGAAGAGACAGAGGCUCGUACUGAUCUGGGAACAUUGCCACAGACUGGAACUGAGGGGAACAGCCACAACAAUGCUGCAGCAGAGUAA